ACGAGUGGAACGUCGUGCUUUUUUUCACAGUUCGUCAGGCCUGUUUUUUGUUCUCGUGUGUCUCUGAAAAUUACAUAGCGUGAUCGGAUAGCUUUUUGAAAAAUGUACGGUCCACAGCAGCCAAUUCUCGUUCUAAGUCAGAACACAAAACGAGACAGCGGCCGAAAGGUGCAGCUGGAGAAUAUCAAUGCCGGCAAGACCAUUGCAGAUCUGAUUCGCACCUGUCUGGGGCCACAGGCUAUGCUAAAAAUGCUGAUGGACCCGAUGGGAGGAAUCGUAAUGACCAACGAUGGUAACGCGAUUCUGCGGGAAAUUACCGUGCAACAUCCGGCAGCUAAGAGUAUGAUCGAAAUUGCUCGGACGCAAGAUGAAGAAGUUGGUGACGGAACAACGUCGGUCAUUGUGUUGGCCGGGGAAAUGCUGGCCGUUGCUGAACAGUUCCUUCAGCAGCAGAUUCAUCCGACUGUUAUUAUUCGUGCGUAUAGGGAAGCACUUGAGGAUAUGGUCAAACUGCUGAAUAACGACGUCAGUAUUCCUUUGGAUAAGAACGACAAGGCGAAGAUGGCUGAAGUGGUCAAGUCUUGCGUUGGUACUAAAUUCAUAGGCCGUUGGUCGGAUUUGGCAGUGAAGAUUGCUUUGGAUGCGGUUGAAACGGUCAUGUUAACGGAAAACGGUCGUACGGAGAUUGACAUCAAGAAGUAUGCUAAGGUAGAAAAGAUCCCCGGGGGAUCGAUUGAUGAAUCUUGCGUUUUGCGGGGUGUUAUGUUGAACAAGGACGUUACUCAUCCUAAAAUGCGACGUUACAUCGAGAAACCUCGCAUCGUGUUGUUGGAUUGCCCACUGGAAUACAAGAAGGGCGAGAGCCAAACGAAUGUCGAGAUUGUUGGUGAUCAAGAUUUUACCAAGCUGUUGCAAAUUGAAGAGGAACAUGUGGCGAAGGUUUGUGCGGACAUCAUUGCCGUUAAACCGGAUGUGGUGUUUACGGAGAAGGGCGUUUCGGAUCUGGCUCAACAUUUCCUGCUGAAAGCAGGAAUCACUGCCAUACGUCGUUUGCGUAAGACCGACAAUAAUCGAAUUGCCCGUGCUUGCGGUGCUACGAUCGUCAAUCGCACGGAAGAGCUGACCGAGAAAGAUGUUGGCACCGGAGCCGGACUUUUCGAAAUCAAAAAGUUGGGUGAUGAAUAUUUCUGUUUUGUGACGGAAUGCGCCGAUCCGAAAGCGUGCACCAUUUUGCUGCGAGGAGCAUCAAAGGAUAUUCUUAACGAAACGGAAAGAAAUCUUCAGGAUGCGCUUCAUGUUGCUCGUAACCUAAUGUUGGAGCCGCGUUUGCUUCCCGGCGGCGGUGCAGUCGAAAUGGCCGUAUCGCAAGCUCUGACAAACAAGCAGAUCCAGGGUCCGUACCGGGCCGUUGCACAAGCUUUGGAAAUUAUCCCACGCACGUUGGCUCAGAAUUGUGGCGCUAAUACAAUCCGCACGUUAACGGCUCUGAGAGCGAAGCAUGCUUCGCACCCGGCCGGUUCCGGACCGUGCACCUGGGGCAUUGACGGCGAAAGCGGCCAGAUCGUCGACAUGAAGGAGAAGGGCAUUUGGGAACCACUCUCGGUCAAGCUGCAGGUGUACAAAACCGCCGUGGAGACGGCCAUUCUGCUGUUGCGCAUCGACGAUAUUGUGUCCGGGUCGAAAAAGAAGAACAACGACGGAACUGGUGCCACUCCGGCGCAAGCGGCUCAGGGAAUGGAAUAGAAUGCUAAUUUUUUUACGAACUAAUAAGCGUUAUUUUACACGUUCACCUCACACCCCUAACAUAUAUACUAGAUUUACAGACUUAAAUUUGAACUUUCGUUGAGAAUUUCUCAAAAUUGCUUUAAUUCUUUUCUUAAGCAUUAAUUCCACCAAACUUUAACAUACACUUCACGAUACAUAACUGUCGUUUCGAACAAAAUACUUGCUUUCAAUUUUGUUUUGAAAUGCAGA